AUGUCUUCGAGCCGGCCUUCAGCCUUCAACACCCUGCGGAUGGGAGAGGUGAUCCGCGAGAAGGUCCAAGAUGGAGUUACUGGAGAGACAAGAGAGCUCCAGUAUACGCAAUGCAAGAUUGUGGGCAAUGGAUCAUUCGGUGUUGUUUUUCAAACCAAAUUGUCGCCCUCUGGAGAGGAUGCCGCCAUCAAGCGUGUGCUUCAGGAUAAACGCUUCAAGAAGGACGAAGUUUACCUCAAUCUCGUGCAAGAGUUUGUCCCCGAGACAGUUUAUCGAGCUUCGCGAUUCUUUAAUAAGAUGAAGACGACCAUGCCGAUCUUAGAGGUCAAGCUCUACAUCUACCAACUCUUCCGUGCCCUUGCCUACAUCCACUCCCAGGGCAUUUGCCAUCGAGACAUCAAGCCUCAAAACCUUCUCCUCGACCCUUCCACCGGCGUUCUGAAGCUCUGUGAUUUUGGUAGUGCAAAGAUACUGGUAGAGAACGAACCCAACGUAUCAUACAUCUGCUCCAGAUACUACAGGGCGCCGGAGCUGAUCUUUGGUGCGACGAAUUACGCCACUAAGAUUGACGUCUGGUCAACAGGUUGUGUAAUGGCGGAACUGAUGCUCGGACAACCUCUCUUCCCCGGUGAAUCGGGUAUUGACCAAUUAGUCGAGAUCAUCAAGGUUUUGGGCACACCCACGAGGGAACAGAUUCGAACAAUGAAUCCCAACUACAUGGAGCACAAGUUCCCUCAAAUUAAGCCCCAUCCAUUCAGCAAGGUGUUUAGGAAAGCCGACGCGAACGCGAUCGACCUCAUCAGCAAACUUCUCGAGUAUACCCCAACGGAAAGAUUGUCGGCGAUCGAAGCCAUGGUCCAUCCGUUUUUCGACGAGCUCCGCGAUCCCAACACCAAACUACCAGACUCCAGGCACCAAACAGGCCAGUUGCGAGACCUGCCUCCCCUUUUCGAUUUCAGCCGUCAUGAACUCUCCAUUGCACCACAUCUCAACCACAAGUUGGUGCCCCCUCAUAUGCGUGCCACCCUUGCGGCUCGUGGACUCAACAUAGAUGACUUUACGCCUAUGAAGAAGGAAGAGAUGCUGGCCAGGCUCGAUUAA